CUGACAGCUACGGCCUGUUACCAUCGCUUUAAGCUUUGCCAGUGAAAACUACGUCUACUAAUUUUGGUGUUAGUCUAUGCGGCUAACCACAUCACUACUUUACCUCGCACCUAGGCAGCUGCUGGGGCAAAUUGUCGGUGGCCAUGCUGCGCUGGCUUUCGCGCUGCCUCUUCCCUGGCUCCCAAGCUCGCAGCAAGGACAAUGAAGCAACAGCAACAUGGGUUGCCACCAACCCAGUCUCGACUACUGGGAUUGCGGGUGCAGACCCUGCUAGCGAGGUACCUGCCCAGGCCGUGCCGCCGCCCGGCACACGUGCCACGCAGCCUGCUGUAGACUCCCCUGCUCCCCUUAGCCCUGCUGUGGGGCCGGCCUCAACCCGCAGCCCCAGGAGCAACGGCGCGCCCUCCACCUCGCAGCCGCGCCUACUGCCGGACACAGCGCAGCGGGAGGCAGAGGUCGCCGAGCACUAUGAGCAGCCAGGAGCCUUCGCGCCUGAGUCCGGCACCCUGCAGCUGGCGACCUCGGCGGCCGUCGCCACUCCACCCCCUCCGUCUCCACUGUUCCGCACCCCCUCGAAUGGAGCGCUAGCCAGCCCCGUGCCCAUGGCUGCGCUCACCCCCAUCUCCGCCACCCGGCCGACGCCAACGGCCACCUGCGCCGCGGCCGCCCCCGGCCCUCAGCAGCUGCAGUCGCCUCAGCCGCAGGAGCCGCUGAUGACGCCGCCGCCGCGGCCGGGCCCGGCACGCCAGCCGUUCACGGCCAUGGACACCAAUACCCCCAGCAACAACCCGAUGUCUCCACCGGUUCCCACGCCUGCCUUCAGCUUCUGCACGGCCGUCGACUACGCCGCGAUCACGCCCGUGCUCAUACGUGGGCCCGGCACCACACCCUCGGUCACCAGCUCCACAAGCGGCGUGUACACCACUCCUUGCGUGGCCACCUCGACGGCGGCCAGCCCCUACGCGGCACCCUCGCUUGCAGCCACGCCCGAGAUGGCGGCCGCACCGGCGCUGAAACCGGGGGCGCCCGGCACGGAGUCGCUGCGGCGCUAUGUGCUGGACAGCGGCAAGGUGGUGGGCGUCAACAACACCAUGCGCCGCUACCGCGAGGAGAAGCCGCUGCGCCUACCGGCGGCGGCAGUGUCCACACCCUUUCAGGAGCGUGUGAACAGGGAGCUGCGGGCGGAGGAGCGGGUGCAGCAGACGCUGCGGCAGGGGCAGGGGCGCGGGCGCCGUUGAUGCGGCCGCCGCCGUCGAGGCCGCAUGAGUAUGUGGGAUUGUUGUGACGCUGUCCUGAGGCACGUGAGGUGUCGGGUUUGUGAUUGUGUCAGGGUGGUAAAAGUGGGUGCAAUGUACAAUCCUGGGUCCAGCGCUCGCGUGUGAGCUGUUGUGAGCAGGGCAGGUUCCGUGGCUGACAGCGUAGUGGCGUGUGAUGCGAACUGACGAUCAC